AUGCCGCCGAGACCCGUCAUUGUUAACGCGCCAGAUGCCACGCUGCUCCACCUUCGUGAAGACCACCUGCUGCCACUGGUCCCAUCCUCUCUGCCAGCAGUUCCUCUAACUGAACACCUGAACACCCUAGGCAACGCCUCCAAGAAGGGCAGGACACACACAAUGUCGCCGCUGCCCAAUCUGAGGAGAUUUUGGGUUUUCACCUGGGCAUGGGGUUGGGGUGGAGAGGAGGGACCUCGACGACGCCUAAGGAAGAAAGUGGCGACCUUGGCCGUCGCCACCAUCGAGAUGAUCGAGUCAUCCAGAGUAUCCCGCGGUCCGAAGCCACCUCCACCAGCCCCCGACAACGCACUAGGACCGACGGCCAAGACCGCACCAAGUGGUGGCGGGAGAGAGGAUGCAGUGAAGAGGACAUCUACCGGCGAGCGCCGCCAGCCGAAGACGCUGCCGACAACAUUGGCGCCAUCCCCAACCCGCUGGUGGUCUGCCGGCUGCUCAAGCCAUCGGGAGCCCGCCAGCCUCGCCUCGCCACCGAACAGGGAGGCGCCAUCAAGGGGGCCGCCGCCCCAGGUCCAAGGCCCCCGACAACAACUGCCCGUUACCACGUCGCCGCCUCGCGCCACUGCCGGAGGCAGGCCGUCGCUCUGCUGCAAACCGGAUCAGGGGAUGCACCUCCACGCGGGUGGAUGCCCCGCCCCAUCCAGGCCCUACGCAGGGAGGAGGAGAGUACCUCUACCACCGCCGUCAGCCGCCUAG